AAUAUAUGUAUAUGUACACUUAAAAAAAAAAAAUGGAAACAAUAUUGUCUCCAAAUAAAAAUGAAUAAAAAAAAAAAAAAAAAAAAAGAGUCGGUUUUUUUUUUCAUUCUCUGUAACUCACCGGAGGCGGAACUCAAAUACGCACCACGUCGCUUCACGGAGAGCAUUGGAGAGAAAACGCAGCCUGUCAGUGAAGCUGAGAAAAAAAAAAGAAAAGAGAGGAAAGGGUUGGGCUUACUGACUCACAAACCACAACUUGGGUUGCGCCUCCAUCAGAAACCAGUUUAGAAAAAUCCCCGUUGGAGAGAGAGGAAGGUCUGGUGCAUGGCACAAAAUAAAGACUUCUCUGUGCGCACUUUGGAAGACAGCUUUGCAUCCUGAGGUUCAGCAACACAUCAUUAUUUUGCGCAUCGAGGUUACCAUAAAUUAAGGUUUGCUUUUCUGCAUUUGGACUGGACUUGUUUUGUUUUUUGGUGUGCGCAAUGAUGGCCACUUACCAAAACCCUGAGGAUGACGCAAUGACCUUAAUGAUCCACGACACCAACACCACGACCAAGGAGAAAGAGCGACCCAAAGAGGAGCCGGUCCACCAGGACAAAGUCCCGGAGAAGCCGGAUCCGUCCCAGAAGCCUCCGUACUCAUAUGUGGCUCUCAUCGCCAUGGCCAUCCGGGAGAGCACCGAGAAGCGCCUCACUCUGUCCGGUAUCUACCAAUACAUCAUCACCAAGUUCCCCUUCUAUGAGAAAAACAAGAAAGGUUGGCAGAACAGCAUCAGACACAACCUGAGUCUCAACGAGUGUUUCAUCAAAGUCCCUCGUGAAGGCGGUGGAGAGAGAAAGGGGAAUUACUGGACACUGGAUCCGGCUUGUGAGGACAUGUUUGAGAAGGGGAACUACCGGAGACGACGCAGGAUGAAGCGACCCUUCAGACCUCCACCGACGCACUUCCAGCCUGGGAAGUCUUUAUUCGGAGGAGACGGCUAUGGUUACCUGUCUCCACCAAAGUACCUGCAGUCUAGCUUCAUGAACAACUCCUGGUCGCCCACUCCGAUGUCCUACACGUCCUGUCAGAUGUCCAGUGGCAACGUGAGUCCAGUGAACGUGAAAGGACUCUCAGCUCCAUCAUCUUAUAACCCUUACUCCCGUGUGCAGAGCAUGGCACUGCCCAGCAUGGUGAACUCUUACAACGGCAUGAGUCACCAUCACCACCCGGUGCAUCCUCACCACCAUGCACAGCAGCUGAGUCCGGCCACAGCUGCAGCACCGCCUCCGGUUCCGUCCGGUAACGGAGCUGCAGGCCUCCAGUUCGCCUGCUCUCGUCAGCCUGCAGAGCUCUCCAUGAUGCACUGCUCUUACUGGGAACACGAGACCAAACACUCGGCGUUACACACGAGGAUUGAUAUUUAAAAAGUUUACCAAAAAAUGGUAAAAAAUGAGGACUCCUGAGAGUGCAGAGUUAAUUCCUGUGAUUUCAAAAAACAAACAGAACCAAGAGUAUUUUUUUUUUUUUUUAAGAGACCAUUCUGAAGAGCUGUUUGGGUUUUCCAGCUGACAUCCAUCCAUAUAGAUGCCCAUGAGGAGGAGGUAUAUAUGCAAGAGUUGAGAAAGUUUUACAAAAUGGAUCAGUCAUCAAGACACAUCAGGUAGCACAAACUGUGCGAGCCAUUUCGUGUUACACUUUGGACUGGUAUUAUAGACAUAAUUGUGCCUAUGAUAAAGCUUUUGUUUUUCAUUAGGAUUAGGAUAGACAUUGCUGACCUUGCUUCAGCUGCGUGCGUAAAGAUUUCUCUCAACUUUACGCACGACUUAUCCUAACUAUUGC